AUGCUUUCUGUGGAAACAGUUUCUUAUAGGUAUAUUGUGAAUGAUGAGUAUACAAAGUUGCUAAUGGCAAAGAGAGGGCUAAGGCAAGGAGACCCUCUCUCUCCCAUGAUUUUUGUUCUGGUGAUGGAUUACUUGUACAGGAUCCUCCAAAAGCUGAAGUCUAACCCUAAUUUCAACUUCCAUGCCAAUUGUGAAAAGCUGGGGAUUAUUAAUCUGAGCUUCGCAGACGAUUUGCUUCUAUUUUCUAGAGGGGACUCUGGUUCUGUAAAUAUUUUGUUGCAAUCCUUCAACAACUUUUCCUCUUCAACUGGGCUAGGUGCAAAUCCAAUGAAGUGUCGUAUCUACUUUGGCAAUGUUAAUAUGAAGGAAAAAGAUGAUAUUAAGAAGAUAACUACUUUCUAG